GGCUUCUGGGGUGGUGGCUUGACAAGAUGAGGGCUGCUAGGAGCCCUGUAUAAGAGGAAGGACGGGGUCACAGCUCAUUGCUGUGUCCCCACAGACCUGGGCUUCCUGCUGCCCAUCAUGGCCAAGAGUGGAGAGGCCCUGCCACAGGGUAGCCCAGCGCCAUUGGUCCAAGAUGCCCACCUCAUCAAGGUGACAGUGAAAACGCCCAAGGACAAGGAGGACUUCUCAGUUACGGACACGUGCACCAUCCAGCAGCUGAAAGAGGAGAUAUCCCAGCGCUUUAAGGCUCACCCUGAUCAGCUAGUCCUAAUCUUUGCUGGCAAAAUCCUCAAGGAUCCCGACUCCCUGGCACAGUGUGGAGUGCGGGAUGGCCUCACUGUCCACCUGGUCAUCAAGAUGCAGCGGCGUGCCCUGGGCACCGAGAGUCCGGCUGCUUCCGUCCCUGCCUCUGCCCCCAGUCCUAGCUCGCUCCCCCAGUCCAGCCCUGUGUACCCAUCCGAGGGCCCUCCCACCUUCAGCUUAGGUGUCCUCACCGGCCUCAAUGGGCUGGGCCUGACCGCUGGCAGUUCCCCUGACCAGCCGAGAUCCCUGAUGUGGCAGCAAGUGUCUGUGCCUGACAUUGUGGCUCAGAUCAUUGACGACCCCUUCGUCCAGGGGCUGCUGUCCAACACCUGCCUGAUGCGUCAGCUGGUCAUGGACAACCCGCACAUGCAGCAGCUGAUCCAGCACAACCCCGAGAUUGGGCACAUUCUCAACAACCCUGAGAUCAUGCGGCAGACACUGGAGUUUCUGCGCAACCCGGCCAUGAUGCAGGAGAUGAUGCGGAGCCAGGAUCGGGCACUCAGCAACCUGGAGAGCAUCCCAGGCGGCUACAACGUGCUGCGCACCAUGUACACAGACAUCAUGGACCCCAUGCUGAACGCCGUGCAGGAGCAGUUUGGUGGCAACCCUUUUGCUGCAGCCACCACAGCCAGUGCUGCCAGCAGCAGCAGCCAGCCUUUGAGGAUGGAGAAUCGUGACCCUCUCCCCAACCCCUGGGCUUCUACUUGUGGAGGCUCGGGAGGCAGGAGAGGCCGGCAGUCUGGGGAUCAGGACACCCCUGAAGGUAGAAACAGGGUCCCCAACAUUCUGGGAACCAUAGGCCUUUAUGACUAUCUCCAGCAAUUACAGGGGACCGCCCAGCCUUUGGGAACCUACCUGCAGGGGACCACACCCACGCCCAGCCCAAACCAAGAACCAUCCACGGGAGGAGACCAAGUUUCCCCGACUUCACCUUCACCCCAGGAACCUGAGUCAGGCCCGUCACAUCCUAAGGAGCCGGUAGCCAUCAAGGGCAAGUCCUCUUGCCCAGCCUUCCUGAGAUAUGGUGCAGAAAGCAAUGCUAGGCAAGAUGGAGGCCGAGAUGGGGAGGGGAAUGCUUCCCCCAGCCACAGCUCUAACAUGCCCGAUCUUGUCUCUGGGCUGGGGGAUUCUGCCAUCAGGGCCCCAUUUGGCCCUUUAUCACCUGCCCCCAUGGCAGCUACCCCCGGCGUCCCUGAGCAUGCCUGGUUGCCGUCACCAGUUUGUCCAGGAACUCCAAGGCCAGAGGGUGAGAACCAGGUGCCCCAGUUGCAGGACGAGACGCCCAGGCAGCUGCCACUGCUGCUGCACCUGCAGGCAGCCAUGACCAACCCUCGAGCCGUGCACGCCCUGCUGCAGAUUGAGCAGGGCCUGCAGAUCCUGGCUGUUGAAGCACCGUGCCUCCUCCUCUGGUUCAUGCCUUGCUUAGCAGGGUUGGGAAGUACAGCAGGUGGUAGGGAGCCUAGAGCAGGCAUGCCUGAGGGUCCCUCUGCUGUCCCAGCUCCUGAGUCCUCCCCUGCACAAGGCUCAGUAGAGCAGGGCCUCCGUCCAACCCCCUUUCUCCAGACGUGGCAAGUCCUGGCUAGUGCCAAUUCCCAGCAGCCACAGCCCGAGACUAACUUCCGGGUGCAGCUGGAGCAACUGAGGGCCAUGGGCUUUCUGAAUACGGAAGCCAAUCUCCAGGCCCUCAUUGCCACUGGAGGUGACGUGGACGCUGCUGUGGAGAAGUUGCGGCAGUCAUAGGAACUUGGGCGUUUCGAUCGUUAAUUUCCCUCUGUACCUUUUCCUGUUCUCCUGUGACCCUAAGUCCCCCCUUCUUGAAUACAGCUGCACUAUGAACCAAA